CGGGGAUAGUUUUAACCGAGAGUUCGAAGUUCGUAGAGAGGAGCACUAGGAAGCAUGUCAGACGGAGAAGACGCCUGGGAUGCCGACGAUUUCAACCCCGAGGCGGGGUUCGUGAAACCCUCGGAGGAGGGGGGAGACGUGUGGGAGGGAGAGGACGAGGGGCUAGUCAUCGAGGAUGACAAGCAAGACCCAAAACUGAAACCUGUGGCGGUGGCGAAGAAGAGCAAAGCGGAGAGGAUAGAGGAGAAGAAGGCAAAGAGGCGAGAUGAGGAACAGAAGGGCAAGGUGGCCACCGAGAGUAAGGAGCCAGAGUCCGUUUCGGCCGAGGAGCAACUGGAGGAGAAACGAAAAGUGGAGGAGGCUCAGAGGGAAGCGGAUCUGGAGUCUGCCAAGGAGCUCUUUGGAGUGUCAGUGGCCGGAAGCGGAGAUCACCUGGAGAGAAUGAACCCCAAGACCCCCGAGGAAUUCGAGGAAUUCAGAUCUGCCCUCUCAAAAAAGAUCACCGAGUUUGAGGCAAGCACUCACUACACAACAUUUCUAGAAGGCCUCUUUCGAUCCGUCUGCACACCCUUGGAUGUAGAAGACCUACGAAGACUCAGUAGUGCAAUAGGCGCCAUGGCAACGGAGAAACAAAAACUAAAGCAACCUCACACGAAGAAGAAGAAAGGAGGGAAGGUGGUCCUCGGUAGUGUCGGGAAAGGUUCGAAGAGGGUCGACAUGAACUACGACGACGAUCUCGGAGCUGAUUUUGACGACUUCAUGUAGCUUCAAUAAUUAGGCCAGGGUUAUUAAUUUUUCAACAUCCACUUGUACCAUAAAACAUGAUUCAAAAUUACACCACGGUAUAAUUAUUAUACAAUUAGUUUUGACUCUCAAAAAAGGUGGUACAAAAAAUGAUGGGUGACCAGGUGCGGGCAGAUAUUGUUCUUAGUGCAAGGUAUAAUUAUAUAGGGUUGCUAUUGUUAGACUCAAAAGUAAUGUGAUGUAAAAUUCUGACAUCCACUGUGGUUUUAAAUCUUAGAGCUCGAUCACUGUUUCUUAUGACAUAAUUAUGAUGUCAUGUAUAAAAUGAUACUUGUACUAGUGGGUGUAUAAUAUGAUAAUGGUGUGGUAUAUGGUAGUUAGUGCAUGGCCCGUUGCCUGGCAGCGUCCAACAUGGCAUGAGUCUCUUCAACGAGAGCCGACAGAGCAAAUUCAAACUGCAGCUGUGGGCAGGUGAGAUGGAGUUAAAAUUGGUAGGAGGAAUAGGGUUUUAAUGGUAGGAGGAGUAGGGUUAAUUAAUGGUAGGAGAUAAAUUGGUAAGAGGAACGGGGUGAUUAUACCUUGGUCUUGACCAUAUGAGGUCGGUGAUCUCGAAGAUACUCAACUGAAGCUGCCAAAUUGAUCUCUUUAGCACCUGAUAGAGUAAAGAGCCACCAUAAAAUUUAAGAAUACUGGUCUGCACUAUUAUAACAGGCAUUGCACAAAGCACUGAAGAUUUUGGGUUAUCUUAAUCUCCCAAUAA